ACGUCCUUCUGAUGUUACUUUGAUAAUAGACUGUUUUACCCAAACUGUUGACUGUCUGACAAGCAACUUGUGAUUAGGCAUUUGAAAUAUUUCUUGCACGUUAUACAAAAACUGGGACUAUAAGAAGCGUUGUGACUUGAACAGGAAAAUGCAUACAGCACAAUUUGGACUGCUAUGGAUUUUUCUCUUGUGUUGCAGUCAUAAAAGUGUGGCCAAAAUGUCUGUCAAGAACCGAACCAACGUGGCACUGGCAGGAAAACCAGUCAUCCUUCAGCUUGAAGUCACCAUCCCAGUUAACAGCAGCAAGAGCAGAAUUAAGUGUUACCAUGACGGGCAUCAAGUAUGGGAACACGUCACUAAUCAAAAUAUUUCUCCUACUCCAAUAAAAACAAGUUUGUCAGCAAAUAUUAGCAUGGCUAACAAGUCAUGCUCUGGAGAAUACUACUUUGAGUACAUGGAUGAGAAGCACUAUUGGGUUGUCCUUGUACGAGAUGUGGGUUAUCUGCAAGAAACAGGGAGCUCUUUCACACCUUUGCUGGUUGUGUCCAUUGUCCUGCUGCUUUCCAGCAUCACUGGAUCAGUUUUUAUUUUAAAGUGGUACAAGGCUCAUUCGCCAUCUAAAGGUAAAGAAGAUCAUGAAAAGGUUAAAAAAGUAAAAAGGAAUACAGUUACAACAAAGGAAGGAGCCACGAAUGAUUCAGUGUACACGGAACUUGACAAAAGAACUGUUUCCGUUUAUGAUGUGCUGAAAGUUGAUGAAGUCAGGAGAGCGAGCACAAAAAGCGAAUCCUCAAAGAAAAAGGCCAAGUCUGCACCAGUAGAGGAGGGGAUAUUAGAAUCAGUUUAUGAAAACUUUUAAAAAACAAUAUUUGAUUAAAUAUGUAAAUAUUGUAUAUACCGAAUAGGCAUCUUUUAAAGAUUAAAAAACUUUGCAAGCUUGAUAGACAUUAGGUUGAUGUGUAUACUUGUCAGUUUUUUGCAUAAACAAACAAAUUUGUACAUAGAAUGUAUUUCUGUAUGCAUAAAAAACAUGUAAAUGCCA